UUUGCUAACUGUUGACCAGAGACCACGCCGAAUUGCACACGCAGCCAUCUUCCCCCUGGUUGCUCAAUGCCUGCACACGCAGCAGGAUCAUGAACACUGUAACACGACGAAGGAUGGCGUCAUCGUUUGUUGUUGGUGAAAACUUCAAAAAGAGAGUAAAGGAGUUAUUGGAUAAUGACUCUUCAGUUCCCACUGACUUACAAGAUGACUUUGACCCCAUCUUUCAGGAAGACACAGAGUCUGUAAUCAGUUUUAAAACAGUGAGAAAACUACACACUUUCCUUCAAGAUAAGGGGCAUCCAGUCUAUCUUCAUGACCUGCUGGAGGGUAGCAUUUUACACUUACCCGAGUACGUCAAGCCACCACGGAAUCCAGUGUUGGUUGCUCGUCUGGAGAAGAUCAAAGCAAGGCUGGCAAAUGAGGAGUACAACCGGAUGACGCGAAAUGUGAACACACAAGAGAUCAGUCGUCAUGGAACAUUAACUGACUUUGGGAGAGAAGUGCGGUCAGCCAAAGCAGCAGUCCUGACGGUUUUCAACUUCCUGGUUACGGUGGGUGCUGCCUUUGCCUGUGCUUACCUGGGGAGCCAGUACAUCUUCACAGACACCGCAGCUCGCGUGCUUAGUGCAGUGAUCGUCGCAUCUGUUGUGGGUCUUGCGGAGCUUUAUGUUCUUGUCCGGACGAUGGAAGGAGAGCUGGGAGAGCCGUGAUGUCAACUGUCCUCUCAGCGCUGGUAACCAUGCCGAUCGAAGCAUUCCAAUUGGAUUUUUGUGUCUGUCUUUGGAGGCUUGAAGACUUCAGAUUUUUUUAAACUGCAUAUUGUGGUUGUUGCAGACAAAAAAGGAUGAACUGAAAAAUUACAUCUACUGUAGCAACGAGAGGAUGACUCGGACCAGAUGAUAAAUCGAUCAUUGCUUAUUUAUUUUGUGUCUAAUAUUGUAUUUUCGUUUUCUGUACAUAUUGCCUUUGUCGUGCAUUUGACCUUAGCUGUCAAUUACACCAUUUUCCUUCAUUUGAUUUGGUUUACUGGCUGGAUCUUCCUUCCUUUUGUGCUCCUUUUUGAGAUACUGCAAUAUGAUUUAGUUUGACACAAUUAUUACAUCACACAAAUGUUUGCUCAGGUCCAGUAAAAAUAAACGCAAAUAUUUCUAAAA